UUAUUUCCCAUUAUUGUUGUUAUUGUUUCCUCUGAAGUGUGUGUGUGCUAGCCUGCAUGCUAACAGCUAGCAUCACCGCAACAGCUGCUUUACGGCAGACAGCUGCUUUACGGCAGACAGCUGACCACUGUGAAGGCGGAAGCAGAGAAACAAAGUGCGCAUCAGACAGUCGGAGCCGCGCUGACGGAUCGAUAUCUAUCAAUAAUAAAUAUCAGAAAUACCUGAUUAGAGAGAGGAGACAUGAGCCGCGCAGAACUGAGGAUUAACUUCAGUCCGGGCCGCGUGCAGCUGGUUCAGGAGGAGGUGCUGGUCCCGACUCUCAGGGUCCUGGUUACUGGGGCAACGGGUCUCCUGGGUCGGGCCGUGUGCAGAGAGUUCGAGAACAACGGCUGGUUCGUUAUUGGGACGGGAUACAGGAGGGCAAGGCCCCGCCUCCUCCGCUGUGACCUCACAGAUGAGGAUGCCAUCAGAGGAUUGCUGCACGAAUACAAGCCUGAUGUGAUCGUCCACUGUGCAGCAGAGAGACGUCCAGAUGUGGUGGAGAGACACACUGAGGCAGCUGUCAAUCUCAAUGUGCACGCCACGAGCACGCUCGCCAAGGAAGCAGCCGUGUGCGGAGCGUUCUUCCUCUACAUCAGCACCGACUACGUGUUUGAUGGCAGGAAUCCUCCGUACGGAGAAGACGACACUCCGAAUCCUCUGAACCUGUACGGACGCAGCAAGCUGGAGGGAGAGAGAGAGACACUCCGACACUGUCCAGGUGCGGUGGUGCUGCGGGUUCCGGUGCUGUUCGGGGAAGUGGAGUCGGUGUCAGAGAGCGCCGUGACGUCGCUGUGGCUCAAAGUUCAGGAGGCGACAGAAAGCUGUACGCUGGAUCACUGCCAGCAGAGAUUCCCCACCGACGCCCGAGACGUCGCCACCGUCUGCAGGAAGCUGUCCGAGAGAGGGAGACAGGACCCAUCCAUCAGAGGAAUCUUCCAUUUCUCGGGUAAAGAGCAGAUGACUAAAUAUGAGACGGCCGUCGCCAUUGCUCAGGCCUUCAACCUGCCGUCCAACCACCUCAUACCUCUCACCGAGCAGCCGGCAGCUGCGGCUCUUCGUCCAAUCAACAGUCAGUUAAACUGUUCCCGCCUGGAGCUGCUGAACCUGAGCGUCUCGCCACGACCUUUCACCUCCGCCAUCACUGACUGUCUGUGGCCCUUCACCCCCGACAAACGCUGGAGACAGACAGUCUUCCACUGAGAGAGAGACGGGUGGCGGAGAGAGAGACGGGUGGCGGAGAGACAGACGGGUGGCUGAGAGAGAGACGGGUGGCGGAGAGACAGACGGGUGUAUAUAUACUCUGUGUCCUGUGAAUAUAUAGAAGUGUUUAUUAUAUGAAUGAGUUGUUUGUAUGUUUUCAGUCUUCGGUUUGAACGUCGUUUAUGUUGUAAAAAGUGUUUUAGUGAUUUCUUGUUGAUUCAGUAAAUAAAGAGAAGUUGAGCUACGGUGUCCUGCAGAGGACAAACCUCAGCUGCUGUUUCAUGGUUUUAUGUUUAUGUGUCAGCUGUUCACAAUAAACCUCAGAAAUGCUGAAUCUCAA